AUGGGUGGAAAAUUGUUACCAAUCAAUAAACAAAUUGAUAAAGAUUCACAAAAACAAGCCUUAGAGAAUUCGGAGAAACUUAAACCAAUUAUAAAAACAGUAAUUUUAUGUGGGCGUCAAAAUUUGUCUUUAAGAUCGCAUGGAGAUUAUGGAGUUUUUGAUACAAAAAUAGAACCCAUUAAAAAUGAGGGGAAUUUUCGUGCUAUAUUAAGGGCUAGAAUAGAAUCAGGUGAUGAAAAUUUAAGAAAGCAUUUUGAAACAUGUGGUAAAAAUGCUACUUAUAUAAGUUGGAAUAUACAAAAUCAAAUUAUUGAGGCGUGUGAUGAAAUAAUUAUUCAAAAAUUAGUUACUAAAAUUAAUAAAGCUAAAUUUUUUUCUGUCUUGGCUGAUGAAACUACAGACGUAUCAACCGUAGAACAAUUUUCUUUAUGUGUGCGAUUUGUUGAAUUAAUGAGCAAUAAUGAGUACAAAAUUGUUGAACAAUUUUUGAAAUUUGUUCCUGUUCAAUCUACAACAGGUCAAAACUUGGCAGAUGUUCUUUUAGAAACAUUAAACAAUGUUGGGAUUGAUUUAAACUUUUUACGUGGACAAGGCUAUGAUGGUGCUUCUUCUAUGAGCGGCCAAUUUAAAGGCGUGCAGGCGUUUAUUUCAAAUAUAUACCCAACUGCAAUAUACGUACAUUGCGUUUCGCAUAGUUUAAACUUAGCUUUAUCAAAUGCGGCUGAAGUAGUUCCAAUUAGAAAUGCUUUUGGCAUUCUCCAAAAAAUAUAUACAUUUUUUAAUACCCCGAAACGGCAAAAUGUCCUUCAAAAUAAUAUCGAAACAUCAACUCAUAAUUCAAAUAAAACGAAAUUAAAGCAACUUUGUCCCACCAGAUGGGUUGAACGUCAUGAUUCGGUUAUUAUAAUGAAACAAAUGUUGUUGCCUGUAGUUGCAGCUUUAGAAGAAAUACAGUCAUGGAGUUGUAAAGACUCAUCGUCUAAUGCGUUCUUACUGUUAAGUGGGAUUCGACAAUCAAGUUUUAUUAUUUCACUAUUGUGUGCAGAGAAACUCUUAAGUUAUACUUUACCAAUCAGUAAAAUUCUUCAAACGAGUGAUUUAGAUAUUUCAGAGGCUUUGAAUAACGUAGACGGUGUAGUAUUCGUUCUUCGCGAGAUACGAACUAAUGUUGAAAAUGAAUUUAAAAUUAUUUUUGACGAAGCAAAUGAAAUUGCUAAUGCUUUAGAACUAACAAUUACUAUGCCCAGAUUAACAAAAAAUCAAACCAAACGAUGCAAUGUACCAGCUGAAAAUGAAGAAGAAUAUUAUAGACGUGCCAUUUUUAUUCCAUGGCUAGAUUCUUUUAUAAACAAUAUAUCCGACCGAUUUUUAAAGCAUAAAUGUAUUAUUAAAAGUUUUAAGUGUCUUUUACCAACUGGAAAUUCCCCUAAUCAAACAGAAAAAUCACAGUAUUUAAAACUUUUAGAAUUUUAUAAAAAUGAUAUACCAGAAAAUGGUGUUAACGCUGCAGUAGCCGAAUUUGAUUUAUGGUAUCAAAAAUUCCAAUGCCCAAAUCAUUCAUUACCACAUAAUGCAAUCGAUGCAUUAAAUUUGUGUAAUGAUACUCUAUUUGAAACUAUAUUUAUACUUUUAAAAAUAUUCUCAACAUUGCCUGUCUCGACUAGUACAACAGAAAGAUCAUUUUCCACUUUGAGAAGAAUAAAAACAUACUUGAGAAAUACAAUGAGUCAGAAUCGACUGAACGGAUUAGCUAUGCUUCAUAUUCAAAGAGAAAUCGACGUUCAAACUUCAGAAGUACUCUCAGGGUACGGCGAGGGCCCUCUUGUAGCAAGCGUUGAUGCCAACCGAGCUCUCCUCGUGGAAAGAGUAGGGGAUACAGCAUUGGAUCCGCGUUUGAAGAGCCGGCUGGUAUGGUCUGUAGCCGACGAUGUUGUGGGUCAAUCGGAUUCCGGUCGUAAAUGA